UUCAAUCGUCUCCCAUCCAUCCCCGAUGGCUUAUUUCGCAACCAGACCAAGCUACGGGCACUCUUCAUGCAACGCAAUCAAAUCAGGGUCAUUACCAGAGAAAUGUUUAAGGAUCUUCACUCUCUAGAAGUACUAUCCGUAUUUGGCAAUCCUCUCAUUGAGAUACAAGCCUGGCUUUUCUUUAACACGCAGCUCACAAAUUUAUACAUGUUCCAAAACAACUUUUCUUCGAUCGGAGAGAGACCAUUUGCCACCGUCAAUAACACAAUCAAACAGGUAUCGUUGUAUGGCAGUCAUUUGACAACUAUUUCCGAUGUCGUAUGGCAAGAUUUGGGCACCAACUCCUAUGUGGCCGUUGAUAGCACCCUCCAGUUUGCGCCUGUCACAUGCCGGACUGACCUGGAAAUGUAA